AUGCGUUUCGCCGCAGUCGCAACCGCCGUGGCCUUGUUCGUGAUGGGCACCGGUCUCCUCCUUGUCUCUGCCUUGCCCACUCACAUCAACGAUGCGGGCAUCCAACCAUUCGCGGGGGAAGACUCUCCUUUCGCAUGCCACGGUGUCCUGGAGCACACCCCUGCCCGUCCUGCCGUCUUGCUAGGCGAUGCAGGAGGCUCAUCUGAAGAGGACGCAGAAGCAACCACGCCAGAGCCUCACGAUCCGGCCGUGGAGGUGACGGCUGGCUUCGGGUCCACGUGGCCGGACCACAUCGACACUAUCGAGAGCACGCCGGCAGUCGACAUGGAGCUCACGCCUCCAGACGACAUGGAAGCCGUCCCGAGCCCGCUGGUUGAGGCAGAGGGUCACGGCGAUGGCUACGUGGGCCAGUCCGUUGUGUACAACAACUGCAACUUUGCCGUGCACAGCAACAUCGUGCACGGACCUCGUCCUGGAGAUGAAGGACCACCCGAGGAGAUUUACUCAAUCCUCCAAUCCCAGGAUUCACUCAAGCAUCCCUUCGCCCACGAUCCUCGGAUGGGCGUCAGCUGGAAAUUGUGGCGGACUGGCGUCGAGAACACGGCACCCGUCCAGUUCGAGUGGACCUGGCACGACUCUUUCCAGCGGACCUGGUACGAUCUGAGCAUGAUCAACGCCGGAGAGGUCGGAUGGCUCAACGAAGACGCUCACCAGGGCGAAGCCAUCGUUGGCGACGAGGAUGGGCUGGGCGCCUACGUCGGCAGGGUCGCCAUCAAGCAUGCCUUCACCGACGAGGGAAUGACCCUGACCCCGGGUAUCGUCCAGGGCAACUGUGUCCCGAUACGCUGUGCGCCCGGCGAGGAGUACUGCACGGCCUCGUACAAUGCACACAACGACUGGGGCCAGCAGCAUGACUGUGGGGAGGCCGUCGACUUGAAGUUGACGCUGUGUGGUUGA